AUGUCGACGUCCCUCGACUACACGGCCAUCAAAGCCCACAACCUCCGCAGCAUGCUUAAAGAGCGCGGCAUCCCACUCAAAGGAAUGAGAACCCGGGAAUCAUACGAGUAUGCCUUGGAGCAGGAUGACCUCAGACAGCAACAGGAGAGGGAGAAGAAGAAGGCAGGGGGAAAGAGAGUAGUGCUCUCUUCCCUUCCUCCAACAGCAGCCGCUGUGACGUCUCGCCCGAUGGUAACGCCAACCGCGCCUGGCGACGCCACCUCAAGUUCCUCCGAUCGUGGUCACCGCCACCAGUCGGAAUCUGCACCAGUCGACAUCAACUCCAAUCGACGCCGCCGCUAUGCUGGGGCUUCCUCCUGGACCCAGUCCUCCUCUCUACCAUCCUGGAUGACCUCGAAAUUCAAAGGCAAAGGCCAUCGCCUCGGCAGCAACGCUCCAUCCAAUUCCAAUAACAGAAAUCUGAAAAUCUUCGGCCUUGUCAGCAUCAUUAUUAUGCUCCUAAUCAUGGUCUACUUCGCGACGUCCGCACCCAAGCAUGUCAAACCAGAAUCGCUGCAAUCCGAUGACACCGACGAAGAAUCGGCCGGAAGAAAGCAAAUCGUCAUUUGCUUUUCCCCUGCUAGGCUUCAGGGAGAAGACCAAGUCCGCUGGAAUGAUGGAAUUCGGGAAUUGGGAUGGUGUACGCCCAGUCCUGGUCCGGUGCCAUGGUAG